ACCCACCAGAGAGAUGUCCAUCAAUUCCUCGCCAUGAUCAGGUAGAUGAGGAACAAUCACUGAUAUUUAUACACAAGCACACAAUUUGUAACAUUGAAUGUUUUUAUUAUUUAUCCAGAGUGGAAACCUCGGGGAUGAUAUUAUUGUUCCUAAAGAAGAGUAUAAAGAGGAGGAUGAGGAGUAUGGAGUGAUGAAGAAGCUUUCUAGAGGACACAUGGAUAUGAUGGAGCUGCCUAAUACCAGGAACCCACCAGAGAGAUGUCCCCGUCCUCUGUAUUCCCGGGAUUCCACACAGGAAGGUCACACCAUCCCCCACCAUCAACAGAAUGGAAACCUCAGGGAUUAUAAUAUUGACGUUAAAGAAGAGUGUAAAGAGGAGGAUGAGGAGUAUGGAGUGAUGGAGGAUUUUUCUGAAGGACACAAGGAUAUGAUGGAGCCACCUAAUACCAGGAACCCUCCAGAGAGAUGUCCCCGUCCUCUGUAUUCCCGGGAUUCCACACAGGAAGGUCACACCGUCCCCCACCAUCAUCAGGGUGAAGAUCUGAUGAACAUGAAAACUGAGUGUGACGUAGAAGAGACGUAUGUGAGGGAGGAUCAGCAAUAUACGGAGGAGGCUGGAAUGACGAGGACAUUCAUAGAGGAGGACACUCCUACAGAGAUCAGCACAGGACACGCCAUGGAGAAACCCUCAAAGGAUCGUCUCACUCUAUCUCCAGGUUGUAAAAUGGAAGAUGAGGACAUCACAGGAGAUUGUGGAGGAGAAAAGACAAUGAGCUCCACUAUGGAUGGAGGACUUCACAGUGUGGAUAGACCAUGGAAUCCCUCCGACUCUGAGCAACCUCGUACUGUGAGGGGUGGGGCCGGGAUUCAGGGGGCGGAGACAUUUCCCUGUCCUGAAUGUGGGGAAAGUUUUGGCUCUGAAUUCAGCCUUUCUGUACAUCAGAUGUCUCACACAGGGGUGAAUCUUCAUUCCUGCCCUGAGUGCGGGAAAUGUUUUCUGCACCAAUCAGAACUUGCCAUCCAUUACAGAUUUCACACGGGGGAGAAGCCGUUUUCCUGUGAUGAGUGCGGGAAAUGUUUUUCACUCAAGUCCCAUUUUUCCAGACAUCAGAGAUUACACUCGGGUGAGAAGCCGUAUUCCUGUUCCGAGUGCGGGAAAUGUUUCUCACGGAAGUCCCAUCUUUCCAGGCACCAGAGAUUACACACGGGUGAGAAGCCGUAUUCCUGUUCCGAGUGUGGGAAAUGUUUUUCAGACAAGUCCUCUCAUAGAAGACAUCAAAGAUUGCACACGGGUGAGAAGCCGUAUUCCUGCCCCGAGUGCAAGACGUGUUUUUUGAAUAAAUCGAGCCUGGACAUACAUUACAGAUCUCACACGGGGGUGAAGCCGUUUACCUGUGACGAGUGCGGGAAAUGUUUUACACACAAAUCUCAUUUUUCGAGACAUCAGAGAUUACACUCGGGUGAAAGGCCACAUUCCUGCCCGGAGUGUGGGAAAUGUUUCUCGCGGAAGUCCCAUCUUUCCAGGCACCAGAGAUUACACACGGGUGAGAAGCCGUAUUCCUGUUCCGAGUGUGGGAAAUGUUUUGUUUGUAAAUCAAAACUGGACGUACAUUACAGAACUCACACGGGGGAGAAGCUGCUUUCCUGCCCUGAGUGCGGGAAAUGUUUUUCACAGAAAUCAGACCUUGAUCUACAUCAAAAAUCCCACACGGGGGAGAGGUCAUAUUCUUGCCCCGAGUGUGGGAAAUGUUUUUUACAUAAGGUCCAUCUUUCCGUACAUCAGAGAUUGCACACGGGUGAGAAGCCGUAUUUGUGCACUGAGUGCGGGAAAUGUUUUUCUCAGCAGUCCAGUCUUUUCAGACAUGAGAGAACACACACGGGCGAGAAGCCGUAUUGCUGUCCUGAGUGCGGGAAAUGUUUUUCAGAAAAGGCCAAGCUUUCUAAACAUCAGAGAUCGCACACAAAGGAGAAACCGUACUCUUGUUCAGAGUGCGGGAAGUGUUACCUUCAGAAAUCCGAUCUUGAUAUCCAUUACAGAUCUCACACUGGAGAGAAGCCGUAUUCCUGUUCUGAGUGUGGAAAAUUAUUUUCGGAGAAAGGCAAAUUGUCCAGACAUCUGAUAUCGCACAUGAGCGAGAAGCCGUAUGCCUGCUCUGAGUGCGGGAAAUGUUUUCCACAGAAAUCGGAGCUUGUUAUACACCAAAGAUCUCACACAGGGGAGAAGCCGUAUAUGUGCCUUGAGUGCGGGAAACGUUUUUCAGAUAGGAGCAAUCUUACCAAACAUCGAAGAUUCCACACAGGUGAGAAGCCGUACUCCUGCCCCGAGUGCGGGAAAUGUUUUUCACAGAAAACAGGACUUGUUGUUCAUCAUAGAUCUCAUACAGGACAGAAGCCGUAUUCCUGUCCUGAGUGCCAGAAAUGUUUUUCAGAUAAGGGCAGCCUUUCCAGUCAUGAGAGAAUACACACGGGGGAGAAGCCAUUUUCCUGCCCCAAGUGUGGGAAAUGUUUUUCAGUAAGGUCCAGUCUUAUCAGUCAUGAGAGAGUACAUACGGGUGAGAAGCCGCAUUCCUGUCCUGAGUGCGGAAAGAGUUAUUCACAAAAAUCAGACCUUAUUAAUCAUCAGAGAUCUCACACAGGUGAGAAGCCGUUUUCCUGUUCUGUGUGCGGAAAAUGUUUUAUUCGUAAAUCCAAGCUGGCUGCACAUUACAGAUCUCACACGGGUGAGAAGCCGUUUUCUUGCUCCGAGUGCGGGAAAUGUUUUUCACAGAAGAUCAAUCUUUCUGUACAUCAGAGAUCACACAAACAAGAAGCCAUAUCCCUGCCCUGAGUGCGGGAAAUGUUUUUUUAUGGAAAUCUUAUCUUACCAUACAUCAGAGAACCCACACCACCCUCGAGGUGUAUUAGUGUCCUGAAUUCGGGAAAUGUCUUCUAUAUGGAUCAUAUUUUGCCGUACAUCAGAGAUCUCACACUGGGAAGAAGCUCACCUUGAUAUACACCUCAGAAAACACGUGGCUGAGCACUCCUCUGAUCUUUAUUAUGGAAGAAACUCUUUAUAAGGAAAUCAGAGAUCACUAAAGUCUUCAAAGUUCUGUCUGGCUUCCUCUGAAGAGAGAAGGAGGGCGUGUCACUGCUGGUUGGGUCCCUCUAGGAGAGAGAAGGAGGGGGUGUCACUGCUGGUUGGGUCCCUCUAGGAGAGAGGA